AUGUCUCACAUAAUUGACAAGGUUUUGUUUUUACAGACCAGUGACUCACACUUGAUACCAUACUCCAACCACUUGCCGCAGUCUGAUGCUAAACACUUGGCCCGAGUAUUUAACAUGAAAGGCAUUGACAGACAUACGGAAGUAACUGGCAGAAAAGCCGGUUCCAUUGUAGGUGUUAUCUUUCAGAGCAGAGAGAAGCGGGCGUCCAUCCGGCACCUCCGCUGCUCGGCCAGCAGGGCAGCAGCCCUGCGCCCUGGCCAGUGCAGCGACAGAAGGGUCUCUGGCGAAAGGCCAUCGGCCACCGCAGCCAGGGAUCCUCCCCGCUCUUCCUAUGUGAUAACUGAUCAAACAGAGCUACGGAAAAUCAAGUGCAUGGAGAAGACAGGGAUCAGCAUAACGAGAGAGCUCAUGUGGUGGUGGGGAGUGAGGCUGGCGACCGUACAGCAGCUCCUGGACCUCCUGCAGGAGCUGCAGCUCUACCGGGCAGCCCAAGUCAUCCUGGACUGGAAAUCAGCCUCUGAUAUUACCAGCUCUGAAAAUAAAGAGCAGGUACAGUGGCCUAAAGAGGAGAAUAUAUCUUUAACUCCCACAGAAAAGAAAACUAAAGAGAGAGAAAACGAGAUAAGUCUGUUGCCAUCACCAGACUCUUCGCAUUUGGGAAUAUCACCAGCAGUUUCAGGCCCUGUUUCUGAAGGAAUCGUGUAUUCACUCCCUUCACCACCAGCUCCCCCAGGAGACCUUUUGAAAUCCUUACAGUCAAAUCCUCCUGUCUCAUCAAGUGUGAAGCCCUGCAGCUCUUCUACUCCUCAGCAGGAGACAAUGACUGAUUUCCCCAGCGGGAGUCUUUUGUGGACCCAGAGGGAAGUUACUAAUGCCACAAAUGGUUUUAGUGAUGAGAGCAGAAUUUGUGAAGGUACUUUUGCAGAAGUCUACAAAGGUCAGAGGCACAACAUAGUGUAUGUCAUCAAAAGACUGAAAGAGACGGAAGGUACAAGCUCAAAUUCAACUCAAAGAUUCUUUCAUACAGAAGUACAGAUUUGCUUUCGGUGUUGCCAUGUUAACAUUUUGCAGCUACUGGGUUUCUCAGUAGAAACUGGAUUACACUGUCUGAUAUAUCCAUACCUGCCUAAUGGAUCACUACAAAACAAACUUCAUUGUCAAGAUGAUUCUGCUCCACUGACCUGGGAGAUGCGCAUUAGCAUUUCCACAGGACUAAUCCGAGCUGUACAGUAUCUACAUAAUUUUGGAAUUCUUCAUGGUAACAUCAAAAGCUCAAAUGUCUUGCUGGAUGAAAACUUUACACCAAAGCUUGGACAUUCAGGUCUGCGAUUGUAUUCUGUUGAUAAGAAAUCAGAGUAUGCGAUGAUGAAAACCAAAGUCCUACAAACUUCUUUAACUUAUCUGCCAGAAGAUUUCAUCAGGCAUGGGCAGUUAACAGAAAAAGUUGAUAUAUUUGGCUGUGGUGUGGUCUUAGCAGAGAUACUGACAGCUGUUAAGGCACUAGAUGAAGGAAGACACCCUAUUUAUUUGAAAGAUAUGAUUGCUGAUGAAAUUCAAAUAGUGAAAGAAAAUUCAUGCUCCAAGGUCAAAAAUUUUGAAAAGCUAGCUGCCAAGGAAAUAUGCCACAAAUAUCUAGACAAAAAGGCAGGACACUUGCUGGAAGAGAUUGCUGUUGAUUUUGCAUUGGCCAUCUGCUUUUGUCUGAGAAAAAAGAAUCCUAACAUAGCAGAGGUGCUUGAAAUUAUGGAAAUGGCUGAAAAUAAGUUAAGAGAGCAUAAUAUUUGUGGAGACAGCAUUUCUUCUAGAUUUUCCAUGAACACUCCAGAAGAAACUGAUGACGAGACAACUAGUUUCAACAUAGAUAGUACUUCAUGGAGAAAUAAAGAAGGUAGCACACCGAUAAAGACCAUGACAGGUGCCAAUCCAUGCACACCUUUAACAGGAGUUGUGUCACCUGACAUUUACGGUGGACAAAUGUCAAGAGUCCCUUGUGAAUCAGAUGAAUCAAGCAGUUUUAUAUGGAAUUCUGCAGAAGGGUCUACAGAUGAGCUGUCUCGCAACAGUUGUUACAAUUCAGAAAAUACCACAACCUCCGAGUACAGGAAAAGGCAAGAAGGACCUGUGAAUGGACUCCAGGAAAGAAACGUGGCAUCCAUCGAAAGCGAUGAGAACUUGGAAACAGUGUCUACCGCACAGAGUACCUUUCAACGAAAAAAUGCAGACCUUGACGCUGCAUGUUCUUCACAAGCAGUGGCCAGAGAGACAUCUUGGAAAAUAAAGAUAAAUGAUAAAAAAAAGAAGCUCAUGGAAAAUAUUUUACUAUAUGAAGAAGACAAAUUAAACAGUUCUGAACUUUUUGAAUCUUAAAUUGGAUGGAUUUAUUAGCAGAGACCAGCUCAGAAGAAGAAACAAGGACUGGCUCUUCAUUAGAAAGAUGGUAAAAGUAUACCUUUCAUAUAAGAUUAAUUAGCAGAUUUUGACCAGAAACUUUAACCCUCUCUGAAGAAAACAAAAAGUGAUCACAUUUGAAAUGAACCAGAAAAUAUCUGUUCUAAGCAGACUGAAACAA